AAAUGAAUGGAGCUAGCUUCCGCAUCAUCUUACAUGAAGAAAUUGAUGCAAGUAUUUGUAUCUUUUGCAUUUUUUUGUCUUAGUAACUACAUUGUUAUCGGAGUGUCAUUCUUGUAGGUUGAACAGUAUGGUGCUGGGAAUGGUAAAUGCCUACUCAAUGAAAUGCCUCAUAAGAAGGAAGUUGAAAAGCCAUUGACAUACAGUGAUGGAAACCCCUGCACCUCUGCCUUGUUUCCAAAACUCGCUACCUCUUCAUCCGCUUGGCAAGGACUCUCCCGAAAGAACAACACUUUCAGCAAUAUUUAUGCAAUGUCACUCGAAGAUACUUAUAAUGAGAUGGUUGGUGAAAAGGCAUGUAGCAUUAGAUUUUUAAGAAAAAAGGUACCAACAUGGAUAAGAUUUCCGGCAUCAGUUGUCCUACCUUUUGGAGUAUUUGAAAAAAUUCUGUCAGAAGACAUAAAUAAGGAUGUGGCAAAGAAAUUUGCCUGCCUUAGUGAACUUGUUGAUAAAGGAGACAUGUCAAAGUUUAAAACAAUUCAAGAAGCAGUUUUGCAAUUGAAAGCUCCUCGUAGAAUGGGCAUUGAGGUUAGGAAGAAAAUGAAGAGUUCAAGAAUACCAUGGCCUCGAGGCCCUGGAGAGUUGACAUGGAGCCGAAUUUGGCAAGAAAUAAAGCAGAUUUGGGCUUCUAAAUGGAAUGAAAGAACGUAUAUCAGUUGUCAAAGAACACACAUGAAUCAUGAUAAACUAUGUAUUGGUAUAUUGAUUCAAGAACAAAUUAGAGCUGAUUAUGCCUUUGUCACAUACACAAAUCAUCCAGUGUCUCAGGACUCCUCAGAGAUAUAUACUGAGAUUGUCAGUGGCUCAGUGGAGACUUUAGUUGGUGCUUCUCCGGGGCGUGCCAUGAACUCUGUUACUAAGAAAUCUGAUCUCAAAUCACCUAUUGUUACUUGUUACCCAAGCAAAUCUAUUGGAUUAUACACAAAAAACGAGAAGUCGGUCAUACUUAGGCCGGAUUUCUUAUCUGAGAACACGAAUAGAUCUACAUGUGAUGGUACACAUGGCAGUUUGUCAAUGGAAAACAAAGAAGAAGUUGUGUUAGAUUACUCAAGAGACCCGCUGGUAAUCGAUCUCUCAUUUCAACGCUUGAUUCACUCAAAAAUUGCGGAAGCGUCAAAGAUCGUAGAAGAUAUCUAUGGUUGUGCCCAAGACAUGGAAGGGGUAGUGCAAGAUGGAGAAAUAUAUUUGCUUCAAUGCAGGCCUUUAAUUCUUUAAAACUUUGCCUAAAGCAUGCCCUUAAAUAAAUCCAUUAAUUACUUGUUUAGAAGUUAACAAUUACAAAAUGUCAGCAUUCACCCACGGUCAAAAAUUACGCUGCAUGGUCAAGAGUGAAGAGUAAGAAGUAUAAUUAAUAAGGUUUAUUUGUAACAGGGAUGGUGAGCCGAUCAUCCAUAAAACAAAUUUGUUUACAGAGAGGUUCUCCAUAACCUCUCUUAUAUACAUUUAUGUACAAUUUUCUUUAUGCUUUGUAAUUUUUAGUUACUUUAAACCAUGUAAGUAUAUAACCACUUUAUUUAAAGACCUUAAUAUCAAACUUUGUAAAUAAGACGAAUAAGG